GGAGGAGGAAAAAGGGAAAAAAGGGAAGGGAGGAGGAGGAGCCGGGAGCCGCCGCUCCGAGGCGGGCGGGUUGCACACACUCACACAAGCAUAGUGUGCGGAGGAGGAGGAAGGAGGAGGUUGGCGCCUCGGCGCGGCCGCGGCCACCCUGCGCAGCGCGGCUGAGGGAAUAAAGAACCUUAAGAGGGAAGAGGUAAAAACCAAAAGGGGGAAAGAGAGAUUUCAUAUGAAUUUCCCUUACUGACAGAGGAAAUACCUUCUUGUUAUGUGCCACCCAAAAUCACUGGUUGUGUUCAGCUUUCCCAUUUUUCUAAAAUAAUGGGAAAAGACGUCAUUUUCUACAAUGGGAAUUUCUAUGGAGUAAUUUCUGAUUUUCAAAAAAAGGAAAAGGAAGAGUUUCCCAGCACAUCAGACUAAUUAGGCUACUGUUUUUCCAUCCGGUCCAGAACUACUUUGUUUUUCUUCUGUAAUCAUGGCAAAACCUUAUGAAUUUAACUGGCAGAAGCCAGUUCCCUCUUUUAUGCAAGAUGGAGCUGUGUUUGAUAGAUAUGAAGAGGAAUCUUUUGUCUUUGAAAGCAACUGUCUCUUUCAAGUGGAUGAAUUUGGCUUUUUUUUGAGCUGGAAAAGUGAAGGAAAGGAAGGACAGGUAUUAGAAUGUUCUCUGAUCAACAGUGUUCGUUUUGGAGCUGUACCAAAGGAUCCCAAAAUACUAACUGCACUUGAGGCUGUUGGAAAAUCAGAAAAUGAGUUGGAAGGACGGAUAGUGUGUGUUUGCAGUGGCACAGAUCUGGUGAACAUCAGCUUUACUUUCAUGGUAGCGGAAAACACAGAAAUAGCCAAGCAAUGGGUAGAAGGACUUGGAUCCAUCAUACAUAACUUUAGAGCUAACAAUGUCAGUCCAAUGACAUGUCUCAAGAAACAUUGGAUGAAGCUGGCCUUUCUAACAAAUACAAAUGGGAAAAUUCCAGUUCGAAGCAUUACCAGAACCUUUGCAUCAGGUAAAACAGAAAAAGUGAUCUUUCAGGCACUUAAGGAAUUAGGUCUUCCCAGUGGAAAGAAUGAUGAAAUUGAGCCUGCAGCAUUUACUUACGACAAAUUUUAUGAGCUUACCCAAAAGAUAUGUCCCCGAACUGACAUAGAGGACCUCUUCAAGAAGAUCAAUGGAGACAAAACUGAUUAUUUAACGGUAGACCAAUUAGUGAGCUUUCUAAAUGAACAUCAACGAGAUCCUCGGCUCAAUGAAAUUUUAUUUCCCUUUUAUGACACAAAAAGAGCGAUGCAGAUAAUUGAGACAUAUGAGCCGGAUGAAGACUUGAAGAGCAAAGGUCUCAUAUCAAGUGAUGGAUUUUGCAGAUACUUGAUGUCAGAUGAAAAUGCACCAGUUUUCCUAGAUCGUUUGGAAUUAUAUCAAGAAAUGGACCAUCCUUUGGCUCACUAUUUUAUCAGUUCCUCUCACAAUACAUAUUUAACAGGCAGGCAGUUUGGUGGCAAGUCUUCGGUGGAGAUGUACAGACAAGUACUUUUGGCUGGAUGCAGAUGUGUUGAGCUGGACUGUUGGGAUGGAAAAGGUGAAGACCAAGAACCAAUAAUAACGCAUGGAAAAGCAAUGUGUACAGAUAUUCUUUUCAAGGAUGUAAUUCAAGCCAUUAAGGAAACAGCAUUUGUUACAUCAGAAUACCCCGUCAUUCUUUCAUUUGAAAAUCACUGCAGCAAAUAUCAGCAGUACAAGAUGUCAAAAUACUGUGAAGAUCUUUUUGGAGAUCUCCUGUUGAAGCAGCCUCUAGAAACACAUCCACUUGAUCCAGGUAAAGCCUUACCUUCUCCUAAUGACCUCAAAAGAAAGAUUCUCAUAAAGAAUAAAAGGUUGAAACCUGAAGUAGAAAAAAAACAGCUUGAUGCUUUGAAAAAGAUGAUGGAGGCUGGAGAAACUGCUGCUCCUGUAAAUAUCCUGGAGGAUGAUAAUGAAGAAGAAAUAGAAAGUGCUGACCAGGAAGAAGAAGCCCAUCCAGAAUACAAAUUUGGAAGUGACCUUACUGUAGACGAUUACGGUCAAAAAGAAGCUGUUGCCAUCAGUGUCAAAAAGGCUGUUGAAGAUUCUGAGCAAGAAAACAAUAAAAAGGGUUUAGUAACUGUUGAAGAUGAACAAGCGUGGAUGGCAUCUUACAAAUAUGUAGGUGCCACAACAAAUAUACAUCCAUAUUUAUCAACAAUGGUCAACUAUGCUCAGCCUGUAAAAUUUCAAGGUUUCGAUGUAGCAGAAGAACGUAAUAUUCAUCAUAACAUGUCUUCUUUCAAUGAAUCAGUUGGACUAGGGUAUUUGAAGACCCAUGCCAUUGAGUUUGUGAAUUAUAAUAAACGACAAAUGAGUCGGAUAUACCCAAAGGGAGGCCGAGUGGAUUCAAGUAAUUACAUGCCUCAAAUUUUCUGGAACGCUGGCUGCCAGAUGGUCUCACUGAACUAUCAGACCCCAGAUUUAGCAAUGCAGUUGAAUCAAGGAAAAUUUGAAUAUAAUGGAUCAUGUGGCUAUCUACUUAAACCAGAUUUCAUGCGGCGACCAGAUCGAACGUUUGACCCUUUCUCUGAAACUCCUGUAGAUGGUGUAAUUGCUGCAACAUGUUCUGUACAGGUAAUAUCUGGUCAGUUUUUAUCAGACAAAAAAAUUGGUACGUAUGUAGAAGUGGAUAUGUAUGGUUUACCCACGGACACAAUACGUAAAGAAUUUCGAACACGCAUGGUGAUGAACAAUGGUCUGAACCCUGUUUACAAUGAAGAAUCAUUUGUAUUUCGAAAGGUUAUUCUUCCUGAUCUGGCUGUCCUGAGAAUAGCAGUGUAUGAUGACAAUAAUAAGUUGAUUGGUCAGAGGAUCCUGCCUCUGGAUGGUCUGCAAGCAGGUUACAGACACAUUUCACUUCGGAAUGAAGGCAACAAACCACUCUCUCUUCCAACAGUUUUCUGCAACAUUGUGCUUAAAACAUAUGUGCCUGAUGGUUUUGGAGAUAUUGUGGAUGCUUUGUCAGAUCCAAAGAAAUUUUUGUCUAUAACAGAAAAAAGAGCGGACCAAAUGAGAGCUAUGGGCAUUGAAACCAGUGAUAUAGCUGAUGUACCAAAUGACACGUCAAAGAAUGAUAGAAAAGGAAAAGCCAAUAAUGCCAAAGCAAAUGUGACUCCUCAGAGUAGCUCUGAGCUUCGACCAAGUACCACGGCAGGCUUUGGAUCUGGGACUGAUGCUAAGAAAGGUAUAGACCUUAUUGCUCAAGUGAAGAUAGAAGAUUUAAAGCAAAUGAAGGCUUACAUAAAGCAUUUAAAGAAACAACAGAAAGAACUGAAUGCCUUAAAGAAGAAGCAUGCAAAGGAGCACAGCGCUAUGCAGAAGUUGCACUGCACACAAAUUGACAAAAUAGUGGCACAAUAUGAUAAAGAAAAGGUAUCAUACGAGAAAAUGUUAGAGAAGGCAAUCAAGAAGAAAGGAGGAAGUAAUUGUGUUGAAUUGAAGAAAGAAACUGAAAUUAAAAUUCAGGCACUAACAUCAGAUCACAAAUCUAAGGUCAAAGAGAUUGUGGCACAGCACACUAAAGAGUGGUCUGAGAUGAUCAAUACACACAGUGCUGAAGAGCAAGAAAUCCGUGAUUUACAUUUGAACCAACAGUGUGAACUACUGAAGAAACUGCUGAUUAAUGCUCAUGAACAACAAACCCAGCAGCUAAAAUUUUCACAUGACAGGGAAAGCAAGGAGAUGCGUGCCAACCAGGCUAAAAUAUCUAUGGAGAACAGCAAAGCCAUAAGCCAAGACAAAUCUAUCAAAAACAAAGCAGAAAGAGAGAGACGAGUCAGAGAACUGAACAGCAGCAACACAAAAAAGUUCCUCGAAGAGAGAAAAAGGCUUGCAAUGAAGCAGUCAAAGGAAAUGGAUCAGUUGAAAAAAGUUCAACUUGAGCAUUUAGAAGUCCUAGAGAAGCAGAACGAGCAGCUUUUGAAAUCCUGUCAUGCAGUGUCUCAAACACAAGGCAAAGGAGAUGCAGCAGAUGGUGAAGCUGGAAGCAGAGAUGGAUCGCAGGCCAGCAACAGUGGUCUAAAGCCUCAACAUGUAAAUUGAAGUUGGAGAAAACAGAAUCCUUAAAAAUGAGUGCAAAAUUCAAAAUAUUAUUGCUGAGGUUGAAAAGUGGGCUUUUUCCUUGUUCCCCCCUCCCCCCCCCCCCUUUUUUUAUAUAUGGAAAAUGUAGCUAUGGACCACCAAGUCUUAAGGUUUGCAUUGUUUAUUUUUAACACUGAGCACUGAAUUUCCUUUGUUGGAUUUCCAUGAUAAGAAUUUCUUUGGUUCAGGAAAACACUAAUCAGAAGAUGAAGACAGUUUUGAAAUCCAGUCCUGCAUUCCAUUCUGUAUCUCCACAGGCAGACUGCCUGUAUCAAUUACACAAUCAGAGCCUUGAAACACAAGAGAUAUUUUUAACAUUAUCUCAAAUGGCAACAAAACCAUAGUCAAGUCAUGUUACCUACCUUUUGUGUUCUCAUGUGUGAUAUAUUGUGUAGAAAGCCCAUGCUGCCAAACCACAAGUAACAUGUCAGCUGCUCAGCACCUGCUGUCAUUGAGCCCACUGAACUGGAUUUUUUGCUAGGUCACUGUAAUAAUACUGAUCCCAAUCAAGUUAGUAAGGAGUAGAAUUGGGGCAUUUUUUAAUUUAUAUUUCAAAGUAUUUUUCAGGCAGCAGACAGUAAACAGCUGAACAUUGUGUAUGUUUGAAAGUACAUGUACGAAGUCAUUCGUCAAAUUCAUCAACUGUAACAGUAACUUCACAGGAUGUUUCUGCAGUCCAGUGAUGUAAUUCACAUGUGCCAUAUCAACUCCAUCAUGUCUGAAAGAAGCCGAUAUCCUGUGAAUGUUACUGCAAUGGUUAGCAUGAGGGAAAUACAGUGUAUUUGUGCCAAACUUGCUCAGUGCUCUAAGGGAUUAUGUAUUAGGCACUUUAAGAAAAGUUUACAUCAUAUGUUGCUUGUACAGAAAUUGCAUUUUGAUCCUGUUGCUGCAGAUCCCAGAUAUUACAGUUCAUUGUAACUUAAAGAUUGUUUAAAUGGCUUUUGGCAAAAAGUUUGUAACUGUGAAAAUGUAAAAAGUAUUUAUACACUUCAGAAUCACAACAUUGUAGAAAAAUUCACAUACAUGUAGCCACAUGACAAAAUUAGUAAACAGAGACGCUAAGAGUAUGUUUGCAUGUGAUACAAAUGCUAAUAAGACUGUAAUGCCUACUAUAUGACCACAGUCAUCCUUUUAGCCAGUAAAUACUGAAUAAAUGUAUGGCACAGAAUAUUGUUUGAUUAAGUACAAAGACUUUUAGCAUAACAAGGUCUCUCUAUAUAUGUGUGUAUAUUAAUUACGUGGGCAUUCUUGAUACUUCAAGUAAAAGAAAACUAAUUUAAUUUUACACAGAAGUAUUUAUGCAGAUUUUCAGAAUUUCAUAUCAGGAAUAACCUUUUUAUGUCCAUUAGAUAAAAAAAACAAUUUGCUAAUGUGUUAAUGUGCAUGUUUCCAAAGCUUGCUGUAGUUAUAUUGCAAAACGAUGCAUGUAAGCAUUCUGCUUGAAAUUUGUCCAUGCUGCCAAUUCAAAGAUGACUGCAUGGAAAAAUGGUAGUUUAGAACAAAUCAGAUUCCUGAUUUCAAUGUACUAAGCACCGAUUAUUUUGUUGUAUAUGCCUGUACAAAUGAAUUCUACAUAUUCCUAUAAACAAAAUAAAUGAAAAGAGAUAAUUAUGUCGUUGUCAGUCCUGAGAUGAAACUUUCAACUUCUCUAAUAAAAAACUUAAAAUUCAAAACCUGUAGUGACCAUAGUGGAUUGUAGGGUGGUGUGUUAUUGCCUAUGAUUUUUUGAUAAGAUGUAUUUCCUGUAAGAAUGUGCAUAGUGUAAAUAUAUUUAUAUCAUA